UCCCUAUUGAAACACAUUGAGGAGCUGGUGAACCAGCUUCAAGAAUUUCAGCAGCUAGAGGAGCGUGUUCGAUUGACUUCUUUACCUCCGUCAGCUUCAUCUUCUAAGGUCAGCUUCAACAGGAGACGCUGCCGAAGUGCAUUAGAAGAAAUCAAUGACAGCAGCGCCUAAGCCAUGUACAGUAGUUACCAAAUAAAGGACAAUUCAAAAUAUUUCAAGUGAAGAUUGAGAGCAAAAUCUACAAGGAGAAUUAUCUUUCAGAGCGUUUUCAGGGUUGGUAGAACGUUGCUGUAAUUUCUUGUCUUUUUGAAUCACUUUGCAUUGCAAUGGCUUCUCACUUGGGUGUCAUCUAUGGUUCACGACACUACACCCAUUCACCUUCAGAACCUACAAAGCCAUUGAAGCUGCAAUCUCACCCGAAACUUGUAACCUUAAAAAAAUUGUCAAAUCCAAGCAAGUCUAGGUUUUUUCUUUGUGCAAAACCAGAUGCUGUUGCUGGUUGUUGUGAAGCUCAAGAAUUCUUAAAAAAUCAACGUGGUUAUAAGUGGGGUUUUGUGUCUAACAUUGAGUCCUUUUCAAUACCUAAAGGACUUUCAGAGGAAACAAUUAGAUUGAUUUCUUCAAUGAAGAAAGAACCACUUUGGAUGCUUGAGUUUAGGUUAUCUUCUUUUCGCAAAUUCCUCAGUUUGAAGGAGCCUAAGUGGUCUGAUAAUCAAUACCCUCUUAUUGAUUUACAAGACAUAUGUUACUAUUCAGAACCCAAGUUCAUGAAAACUGCUGACACACAACAGCAAGACCGUUUGCUUAGAGAUUUUGAUAGACUUGGUGUCCCUUUGAAUGACAAGAACCAUGAAGGGGCUUUUGAUGUCAUCUUAGAUAGUGUUUCCAUUGCCACAACUCGCAAUCAAGCAUUACAAGAAACUGGGGUGAUUUUUUGUCCAAUUUCAGAGGCAAUCAACAGGUACCCGAAUUUACUCAGGAAGUAUCUAGGGAAAGUAGUUCCUCCUGGUGAUAACUAUUAUGCAGCUUUAAACUCUGCAGUCUUUUCUGAUGGAUCUUUCUGUUACAUACCUAAAGACACAAAGUGCCCUAUACCACUCAACUCCUAUUUUCGGAUUAAUGCCCUUGAAACUGGUCAAUUUGAGAGGACCCUUAUCAUUGUUGAUGAUAGAAGUGUUGUAGAAUACGUGGAGGCAUGUACAGCUCCAGAAUCUAGGAAAAACCAACUUCAUGCUGCAGUAGUUGAGUUGUAUUGUGCUGAAGAUGCUGAGAUUAAGUACUCCACAGUACAAAAUUGGUAUGCUGGUAAUUCGAAAGGCGAGGGAGGGAUUUAUAACUUUGUUACAAAAAGGGGAGUUUGUGCUGGGGCUCGCUCAAAGAUUUCUUGGACACAAGUGGAGACAGGGUCAGCCAUCACAUGGAAGUACCCAAGUGUUGUUUUAGAGGGUGAUGAAUCAGUAGGUGAAUUUUAUUCUGUUGCACUAACGAAUGGUUAUCAACAGGCAGACACAGGAUCAAAGAUGAUUCACAAGGGAAAAAACACAAGAAGUAGGAUUAUUUCAAAAGGCAUUUCAGCUGGAAAUUCAAAGAAUUGUUAUAGGGGGCUUGUUCAAGUUUUGUCCAAGGCUAACAAGGCUCAAAACUCCUCACAAUGUGACUCAUUGCUUAUUGGUGACAAUGCUGCUGCCAACACCUAUCCUUACAUUGAGGUGAAAAACCCAUCGGCUCGUGUUGAACAUGAAGCCAAAACCUCCAAAAUUGGUGAAGAUAAGAUAUUUUACUUUCAACAAAGGGGAAUUGAUCCUACAAAAGCUAUGGCAGCAAUGAUCUCUGGAUAUUGUGAAGAGGUCUUCAAUAAGCUUCCAUAUGAAUCUAGCCAUGAAGCAAAGCAAAUUAUGAGUUGGAAUUUUGGUGGAUCCAUUGAGCUGGCUAAGCUCAGUACUGGUAAACUGAUUGAUGUCAUGUGGAGAUAAAAGAAGGCGAGAUGUUGCAUUUAUAUUGUCUGGUAUUGAGAGCACAAUGCAAGGAUGUUAACUUUUUGGCACCAAUGAUGGUCCUGGAUUUCUUACUUCGUUUGUGUAACUUGAUCCUGAACUUCUGAGGAAUGUGAUUCCUUCAGUACUGUGGACAUGGGAAUGAGAAUUUUCAUACUCCAAUACCCUAUAGAAGUACACAUUGUAACUGUACUAUGGUUUUCUCACUUGCUGUUUGUGGAUGAGGAAAGCUCUGAAUUUGAAUAUCUACAGCAUGCCCAAAACCCAAAAGCUCUAAAGGUACCAUUAUGGCAUUUUCAUCUAUCUCAAUUCAAGCUAUGCAAUAUAUCAUAGUUGGUUGCUUUCUAAUAAACUGAAUUCAUCCUUGAAAAUAUUAAAUCUUUUAGUUUAAUGAUACAAAUGUUUUGACUGAAAUAUAAUAUAUCAUAUUCGAGUUCUGUACUAUGCAUAAUUGUCAGGAAUUAGGAUAAAUCUGAUUGAAUUAUGUUUUCAUUUGGAAAACCGACUAUAAAGUUCACAAUGUUUUCUAGCCGGUUUCAUUUCUAGUUGCUUUCUGUUUGAACAAUGACUGCUAAUGCAGUGCCAAAUGUGCUUUUGUUUAGACAAAGAUACGGCUCUUUCAUUCACUAAUGAUAAUUAUAUGGAACAUUUGCAACUAAGUUUGAACCAUGCUUCGUUCGCUAUCUUAGCAGUUGACUCAAGCUCCAGAUAUAGGCCAUAUUAUAAGUAUAUGCAAAGUACAAAAUCCGUAGCAAGCGAGGGGGAACUUACUGAUAAUAAUCAAAUUGAGUCGUCCUUUGCUGCGUGACCUAGAUGGAUACAUCAGAAAAAUGGAAGCAGAGGGAAUAGUCACAUGGCUUCUAGAUCCUCUUGUGACUGUUCCUAAAGGACAUGAAGUGACAACAUGGUCACUUGGUAAAAGUUUGGUAAUGUUCCCAGCAUGUUGUUUUUUGUUGGUGUUCUUGGUGGUUUGGUGAUGAUGUGUAAUUGCACUCAAUUCUAAUGCUAGUAUAUCACCCGACACAGAAGAAAUUGAGGCCCAUUGGCAACAUCCUUGGUCAUUCAGGAUACAAUCUCGGAGGCUUUUGCAUGGAGACUACUGGGGAUGAAAGCAAGUGCAAGCUUUACCAUGAGACUACAUUGAAAAACCAAGCCAGACUCGAUGUGGAGCUCUCUCUUGCUGCCCUGGAGGAGCUAUGACUGGGACGUUUCACCAUAUAUCUACCCGGAGGAGGCUGGUUGAGGAUGAAUUAGAUUGAUCAUUGAUACAUAUUAGUUCUAGUAGUGUUUUAGCACUCUUUAACACUCUAUGUAGACAUAUAUCUGGUAUGCUAUGGUAACGAGAAACUGAAUGGGGAUAUAACCAUGUUCCUCCUCUGGUUUUUGACCAAUUUGCUAAAAAGGAAUGUUAUUUCUUCCUCGUAUAACUGUGUUGUCGUGUUUUGUUUUAGCUCUACGAAUGUGAAUAAUGGCAGACAGGCAGAAACAGCAAAAACACAUCAAUUCUUCCUCCUCAGUCCAUCUUCCUCACCCUUUAACUGAAAAGAUAUGAGUGGUGAAAUUAGUAUUACUGUAAAUGAUUUACUAUAUCUUUGUUGAAAAACAAUGCCCCAAUGAAGACAAAAGCAUAAGCCGAAUACAGCAUAUUUUGUUAGUAGCAUAUUUGAUUGCAAACUAAGAUCUUAAGUAAGACAUUUGAAUUGUAAAUCAAAAUGGUUGCAGCAUU